UCUGUUAUGGUAUAGUAUUUAUAAUGAUAAAAUUUUUAUUGGUUGUAAAUAAGCAAGGACAAACAAGAGUUUCAAAAUAUUAUUGUAAUGAAUUUUUAAAAGAAAAAAGACCAUUGUUUGAAGCUGAGAUUGUUCGAAAGUGUUUUUCUAGAGCUCAACAUCAGUGCUCAUUUAUUGAAUAUCAUAACUUCAAAGUGGUGUACAGAAGAUAUGCAUCAUUAUUUUUUCUGAUAGGAAUAGAUGAUCAAGAGAAUGAACUUGGAAUUUUUGAAUUUAUCCAUAAUUUUGUGCAAGUUUUAGACAAAUAUUUACAAGAAAAAUUUCAAAAAAGUGUUAGUGAACUGGAUAUAAUGUUUAAUCUAGAAGUUGUUCAUAUGAUAUUAGGUGAGAUGAUAUGCAAUGGUUAUAUCAUUGAAACAAAUCAGUCAAGAAUACUUGCACCUAUUUUAGCAGUUGAUAAACUAAACUGAUCAUAAAAUAUUGCAGUGUGGCAUGCAGAUUUACGUUAUGCUAUAAUAAUACCAAUAACCA